AUGGGGUUGGAAGAAGAGCACACCCCUCUUCUUUCAAAUGCACCCCCUCUCUCAUCCAAAUUCAAAACCUUUGCAAACAUCUUCAUUUCUAUUGUAGGUGCCGGUGUCCUUGGUCUCCCUUAUAGUUUCAAAAAAACAGGAUGGAUCAUGGGUUUGCUUACGCUAUUCUUCGUGGCUUUCCUAACUUACUACUGCAUGAUGCUCCUCAUUCAAACUCGUCGCAGGCUCGAAUCAACCGCGAUGUUCGCUAAAAUCAAUUCUUUUGGUGAUUUAGGUUAUGCAACAAGUGGCCCUUUUGGAAGAAUUUGCAUUGAUAUGAUGAUUGUCCUUACACAAGCCGGCUUUUGUGUUAGCUACCUCAUUUUCAUUUCAACUACUUUGGUAUAUCUUUCUAAUAACAGCACAAGUUCAACAACAUGGUCAUCUUCAUUGGGCUUCCCACCAAAGGUUUUGUUUAUUUGGGUUUGUUUUCCUUUUCAACUGGGUCUGAAUGCAAUUCCAAGUUUGACUCAUAUGGCUCCUUUGAGUAUAUUUGCUGAUGUGGUUGAUAUUGGAGCUAUGGGAGUUGUGAUGAUUAAGGAUGUUUUUAUCUUUUUGGAAAAUAGACCACCUUUGAAGACUUUUGGCGGUUUAUCGGUUUUUCUAUACGGUUUAGGUGUGUCUGUUUAUGCUUUUGAAGGAAUUGGAAUGGUUUUUCCUUUGGAAUCAGAAUCUAAAGAAAAAGAUAAAUUUGGUGGUGUUUUGGGUAUUGGAAUGAUAAUCAUUUCUUUCUUGUUUGGAGCGUUUGGUGUUUUAGGUUACAUUGCUUUUGGCGAAGAAACUCAAGCGAUUAUUACUACUAAUCUAGGGCAAGGAAUGGUGAGUGUUUUGGUUCAAUUGGGUCUUUGUGUUAACUUAUUUUUUACUUUUCCAGUUAUGAUGAAUCCAGUUUAUGAAGUUGUGGAGAGAAGAUUGUGUGAUUCUAAGUAUUGUUUGUGGCUUAGGUGGUUGUUGGUUUUGAUGGUAACUUUGGUGGCAUUUUUGGUGCCUAAUUUUGCUGAUUUUUUGUCACUUGUUGGGAGUAGCUUUUGUGUUUUUCUUAGCUUUGUGUUUCCUGCUUUGUUUCACUUUUUGGUGUUUAAAGAUGAAUUGGGUUGGAGAUGUUUGGUUUGGGAUGGAGCAAUUGUGCUGUUUGGGAUUGUGAUUGCAGUGACAGGAACUUGGUCUUGCUUAAUGAACAUUUUUUACCCUACGGCUUAA